GCCUAGCUGAGCUCAAAUUUUUAAUUUCUUUUUGUUUUUCAAAAUUCUCAUUCUUUUAUCUCGCAAUUUGUUUGCAAUUUUGCUCCUUGAAUCUCACUGUUUCACACUUUCACCUCAUCUCGGAAUAUUCGCAGAAAGUAGGAAUCUUCUCUCCCCGUUUGUUCAAAUUACCGAAAUUCCGAUUGCUGCUGUGUUUCCAAUCUGAUCUGAGUGCCCAUGACGCGGAGGUUUGAUCUCGAAAGAUGUUACCCACAUAGCUGGGUUUUCUAAAUUUCAUUCCUUUUUGUUCAUAUUAGUAGAAUUGGAGAUGGUGGAAGUUAGUGCAAUGCAAUAAUAGUUCAGGGAUAUUAUUGGGGUUUCUCCAAUUGGGGAUUUUUUUUAGGAUUCAGGGUUUGGAGUUCAGUAAUAAUGUUCUAUGGUGCGGUGGUGUGGGACCCUUGGCUCAUUCUUGCUCAGAUUGUAUGCUUUCAAUGCUUGUACUACGUCACUCUCGGCUUCUUCUUGGCCAUACUCGUUGGAACUCGCGUCUCAAGAAUGACCCUCGUUUAUUUCUUCGAUUUCGUUACAGUCACUACCUCCACCUUCACCGGCUGGUGUGUCAUUGCCUCCUUUAUCCUCACCUCAAUUUCAGGGGCAGUGUAUAUGCUUUAUGUGAUUGAAAGGGCAAAGAAAUGCUUGGAUUUUUCGGUUACACUCUACAUAGUUCAUAGCUUUAUAUGCAUUGUGUAUGGUGGCUGGCCUUCUUCCAUAACUUGGUGGAUUGUGAAUGGUAUUGGAAUUGCAAUGAUGGCUCUGCUAGGGGAAUAUCUCUGCAUCAGGCGCGAACUUCGCGAGAUACCAAUAACACGAUAUCGUUCGAAUGCUUGAUUGGCAUAUGUAACUUCAGCAUUGAAGUCAAGAGAAAGCCUUGUCUUGCUGGUUGUUAAGACCCUUUGGUAAGUUCUCAAUCUGUUCAAGAAAGAGAAAGACAGAGUUAUUAGGAGCAGCUCUUAGUAUUUAUGCAUUUGUUCUGUAUUUGGGAAACAAAUGAAAGAUCAUGAAUGGUUUCUUACAAUUGCAAUUUGAUGAGCCUUGUCUCUGAGAAGAAAGACUAGAAUAGUUGACAGAAUAACUGUUGUCAAGGGAGCAGCUGCUGAAACCCAAAAUAGUUUUGGUUUCCUCAAGCUCUGCAGAAAUUAUUGAGAAUUUUCAGAACUUAAAGAGGUAAAUGAAUUGCAAAAGAAAACAAUAGUUGUAUAUAGUUGUCCCCAAGAACUUUUGGAUAUGUUUAAAAUUUUGGAAAUAUAGGUCAAUUUUGUGUCAUAUAAGUUUAGUUGUUUUUUGUCUUUUUGAUAAACUUUUAAAUGUUUUGCUAGCUUAUUGAUCUUCAUCUGUAUGAUUUUCACUAUUACUUGUUGAAAUAAAGUCCCAAUUUGUAAGAUAUCAUACAUAACUCAGAAAUAAGAA